AUGGCGGCAUUUAGACCUCGGCCAUCAAAUUUUCGAGGGACUCGACCUUUUCAGCCCGGCGGACUGGCGACUUUGCGCGUGUCAAAGCAUCGCGCUUUGGUAGUCAUCAGCAGCCAUCAUCAGUAUAAAAUAUCCGGUCAAGCUCCGCCUCGAAAAUUGGACUCAGUUUUACCAACCAAUGAUAUCGCCUCUACAGAUGGGACCAAGGUCAUCAGCCAAUUAUUGGUGCUCUCUGGAAAACGGUUUUUCGAAGAACCUUUUAAGGUUUUUCGAGGUCUCAGGGCAAUAUUCAACGACCACAUCGCUUUUGGCCUGAGCGUCUAUGCGGCAACCCAUUUCAACAACAAUGAAAGUCAGGUUGGGUUCGGCUUUGAAAAAGAUGCGCAAGGGAGGAGAACAAUUGUCAGAGCUGGCCUGAAAUUAUUUCAUAUCCUGGAAGCAGCUGAGAUCGAUUGCAGAGAGCCAAUAUCGCAUCACUACAAGCGCGCCAGCGAUUAUCCCUCGCCAGAGAACGACUGGAUGAUUUGGUGGCCCAGCUCCAGUUGUGCCGGCGGGCCAGACCUGCUGUCAAUAUUGCUCAAUAGUGAUUCGACAAAUCUUUUCGCGUGCACGGACUGA